AUGGAUUAAAAGGAUUAGAAGGAUUUCAUCAUUGAUACUUAAAGUGAAUUCUUCACGAAGAAAUUUCAAGUGACUCUUACAAAAAGGGAACCAAUCAAUCACGAUUCCUAUAUGUUCAGAUUCGAUUUCAAAAAUCACAAAGAGAGAUUAGGCAUGCAAGCUGUUUAGCAUAUCAAAAUCUAUGGUCUUAACAUGAAGGGUGAGAUUGUUGACAGAGCAUACACUCAUGUUUCGGAAGAGGAUGGAUACUUUUUAAUACCUAUCAAAAUUUAUAGACCCAAUGUUCACCCUCAAUUUCCAAAUGGAGGAGAGCUAACACCAUGGUUGGAGAAUUUAGAACUUCAUUCUGAAUUGACAAUUAAAAGGUGUGUAGGCAAGUUGCUUUAUCAUAAAAAUCAAUUUAUUGUUAGGCCAAAACUUAAUAAGACUUGGUAACAAUUCAGUACAGUAUUGCUCAUUUGUGGAGGAAGCGGUAUCACUCCAGCCUACUAAUUAAUCCGAACCAUUUGCAGUGACCAAAAUGAUAACACCAAAAUGGUCCUUUUGUAUGCCAAUAAAACUGAAUAAGAUAUUUGGUUAAUAAAAGAUUUAAAUGAAUUAUCUGACAAGCACAAAGAAUAAUUUACAGUUCAUUACACCUUAGACAAGUCUGAGGAGAAUUGGAAGGGUCUCAAGGGAUUUGUGAGUUUAGAAAUGAUGACAUCAAUAUUCCCACAGCCAACUGAAACUACAUUAGGAGUAUUAUGCGGACCUAAACCCAUGAACAAGUUAGUCCUAUCGCUUUAUGAAUAAUUUGGAUUAAAGAAAGAGAACAUAGUCAAAUUCUGAGUAGGAUGUUGUAUUAAAUAAAAAUCUAAAUAAUUAAGAGUUUUCUCCUUUGAACUCAAAU